UCCCCUCUCUAUUUCCAUCCGCUUUCCACCAAACGGCCCCUUUCCCUCUUCUUCCUCCUCCCUCCCCUCCCCCCUCUGUUCUUGUUAAUAGCGCUCGUAAUCCCGUCACUAUCACUAGUCCCGCCCCACCUCCUCCUCUUCUUCUUCCCUGUAAAGAUUUUGUCCGUUCGUCCUUGGGAUUUCUGAUCCCGUUCGCAGUCCCGAUUUUAUUUUGCUUCUGAAAAUCUCGCCCUUGUUCGUCGGAAAAAACCUCGCCUUUGUGGCAAUCUGCAGUCGUAGUGGGAAGGGAGGAGUUUGUGUAGAGUUUUCUUUCCCUCUUUUUUUGUGUUCCUUCUUGAUCCGGAAGCGGGAGUUCUUGUAGUGGUUGUUUGCCACUAAAGAAUCGCGCUUCGAUUGCGUUCUUCGGCUCCACUCCAAUCCAAUUUGUGUCGCUGGAGGCGGAAUCGGGGCGGAAGGCACUGUUUUGUGCUUUCUUGGAUUCCACGGCAAAGCCCGGCUGCGAGGUCGGCGUCCCUCUCCGUCGCAUUCCGCCGGUUGCCAGGGGGCCGGGCUUGCGGGGAUGGGGUCGCAGGCACCCAUGGCGGGCGCCAACCUCACAGCGGCGCUGUGCAAGAAGAGCAACCGCGUCGCGCGGGUGCUCGCGUACGCGCUGCUGGAGUGGAUCCUCAUCGCGCUGCUCCUCGCCAACGGCGUCUUCUCCUACCUCAUCUCCAGGUUCGCCGCCUUCUUCGGCCUCGCGCCGCCGUGCGCGCUCUGCUCCCGCCUCGGUGUCGACAGCCUCUUCGAGCGCCAUCCACACCGUGGUGUCGGAGGGGCCGGGGGCGGCGCCGAGCCCCUGCGCCGCGUGCUGUGCGACGCGCACGCCGCCGAGCUGUCGCGCCUCGGCUACUGCAGCGCGCACCGCCGGCUCGCGGACGCCGGGGACAUGUGCGAGGACUGCGCCGCGGCAGCAGCGCCCGGGAAGGCGCUGCUGUCGUGGAUGGGCCGGAGCGAGCUCGGCGAGCGGGACCUCGCCUGCGCCUGCUGCGGCGUCGCGCUCGAGAGCGGCUUCUACUCGCCGCCGUUCUUGCUCCCAACGCCGGCGCCGCGUGGCUCAGAUUGUGGCCACAAGGAAGAAGAAGAGACAGCGAGGCCAAAUGGAGACGUGGUCUUUGUGUCCGAGGAAGGCCCUGUGAUCGAGCUUUUCGAUGAGAAACCGUUGCUGGGGGAUGACUCGAUCCAUGUAUUCGCUCAGGGUGCUGAGAUUGCCGCCAAUGUUGAGCGACUGGUGCCUCUUGAAUCCAUUGACUCAUUGGCUGUCGACAUGGCUUCAGUGUCAUCCCAAUCUUGUGGUGAGAUGAAGGAAGCGGUUGAUCAUGUAAAGCAGAACGACGUGGUCACGGAGAACAAGGUUAAUGCCAAUGAGGAGAAAAUUGUGUUGACAUCUGAUGAUGACAAGGGGGAUGGUGUGGUUGAUCGGCUGAUUGAUGAACGGAUUGCUGAUGUAGCCCUUAUGUCGGCUUGUAUGGAAGGUACAUUUGAUGAUGGGAUAAAUGCAGGCGAAACCAUUGAGGGCUUUGAUGAUCAGCAGUCUCCUGAGGAGGACAGUGGAUUGAAAGAUAAGGAUAUGAAAAUAUCAAUUGAGGAUGAGGUAUCUGAGGACGAUCAAGUUGAACAGGUUAUUCCACAGCAGAAAUUGUACACCAUGCCAAGAGAUCCCAGUGACCACGAAUUUGUUGAGAUGUUAGACAGAAGUGUUGAGGUGGAGCAUUUUCAACAGGCUGAGUUGAAGCAAAAACUGAACUUGAUGACAAUGGAAGCUUCUGUGCAUGUCUCUGUAACUCAGCCUGAGGAGAAGAAGGUUCAACAAGCAGAGGUGAAUCAGGAGUUGGAUUCAAUACCAAUACAUCCCAUGGAGCAUUCUGGUGAAGAACUUGAAGGAGAGAAAACUGCACAGGCUGGGCUGGAACAAGAGUGGGACUCUGUGCCAGUUGAUUCUAGGGAACAUGCUUUCAUGACUUCAUAUGCUCAUACUGAUGAUGAGCAGGCUGAGAGGAAGCAGAAAGUCACUUCUGUGAUGGAAGAUGUUCUGGAGUAUGCAGCAGACACUUUUAAUGAUGACACAAACACAUGGAAAGGAGAUAUUGAAGAGGAUCCAACUGAGGCUGCUCUAACAAGCAUAUAUCAAAUUUCUUAUGAACCUUUGACAAUCUUAGAUAAGUUCGCUCACGAUCAUAGUGUCAUAGAAGAAGAGGGAGAGUCUGAGACACCAACUCAUAUUGAAGGUAUAUGUGAUUCACAAGAAUUGCUGGAUUCUAAAGCAGCUGUUUCUGAUGCUAAAUCUGUAGAUUCAAGUGUUGCUACUAUGCCUACUGAUCUGGAAAGCAUUGAAUUUGUGAGCGUUGAUCAACUAAAAUCUGCUUUGGCAUCCGCACGCAAGUCAUUGAACAGCCUAUAUGCUGAACUCGAAAAUGAGAGGAACGCUGCUGCUAUAGCUGCUGAUGAAACCAUGGCAAUGAUAAACCGCUUGCAAGAACAGAAAGCUGCAAUGCAGAUGGAGGCGAUCCAGUACCAGCGUCUUAUGGAGGAACAGUCGGAGUAUGAUCAAGAAGCAUUGCAGAGGCUGAAUGAACUAGUUGUGAAGAGAGAGAAGGAGAAGCAAGAUCUGGAGAGAGAGCUCGAGAUGUAUCGCCACAAGGUUCAUCUCUAUGAAGCAAAGGCGAGGAAAAUGUCCAGACACAAGGCCGAUGACCAGAAUGGGUCAUCGUCAGCUUCAUCAAGUGCAGAGGACAGUGAUGACCUUUCACAAAGUUUCUAUGAAGGGGAUGAAUCUGCCCAUGGUCUCAAUGGAAGCAAUGGGAGUAUCCCUACAGAUGUUGUCCUGCACGAAACUGCCAGGCAUCUAGUUACCCUUGAUGGCUCACUAGCUGAUUUUGAGGAAGAGAGACUCUCCAUAUUGGAACAACUUAAAGUGCUAGAGGAUAAACUUUUUGACCUCGAUGAUGAAGAAUCCGAUAACAUGAAGACAGACAAGCAUUUCUCAGAAGAAAACCAUUUAAACGGUGCCUCAAAUGGUUUUUCUGAUGAUGAUAGCUGCUUUAAACUUCAUGACAAAAGAAAAAGCGUAACCUAUAGAGGAAAGAAGCUCCUUCCACUGUUUGAUGAUGCUACUGUGGAACCUAGAAAUAUCCUUCUAAACAAGCAAGGUGAUGAUGCAGAUCAGCUGGCAGAAGUCACAUUGGACCUUGCUAGAGAGCAAGAUAAACUUGCAAUCGCCAAUGAAAUUGAUCAAGUCCAUGAAAGGCUGCAUGCUCUUGAGGCAGAUAGGGAAUAUAUAAAACAGUGUGUGAGGUCUUUGAAAAAGGGAGGCAAAGGGUUCGAUCUUCUUCAGGACAUCUUACAGCAUCUUCGAGACCUGAGAAGGAUUGAGCAGCGUGCAAGGAACUCUGGAGAGCUUUCACCUCACUAUUUACAUCUUUACACGGGUUAAAGAUCAGCUGCAGGCCCCAGUGCUCAUGUCCGACCAAUAUAGCUCGAAGACUGAAAGCAUACAACAAUGAUAAGAAAAAAAAGGAUUGCCGACUAGCUAGUAUUGCUGCUCACAGUCGGUUCAUUCCUGGACUGGAGAAAUUUGGUUCAUUCCUGGAGAGAAAGGAGCUCCUCCAGGAAACGCCAUCAGUCGGUUAGGUGACGCCAUCCGGAAGGCAGAUCAUGGAGCAAUUCUGCCUUCCAAGGUCCAGGGUUUUUGUGGACCACUUUGCACGUUCUCUCUUUGGUUUUGUUGGUUUAGUUUUCCCCGGGUGGCUUCCAAGCUUUUGCCCAAGGGCGAGAGGUUGGUUGGUGAGCCGCCCCGGGGCCAUGGGGUGUGUUUGUGGGUUGUGGCGGCAAUCAUGGCCUUGUGCAAGCUUUGGAAUUCAUUAGCAGAAAACAUGCCGCUGCCAGCUUUGCUGCCAGGUAUAGAGUGAGUAUAAAAAGAGGUAGUCCCGGUGGGCUUCACUAGUUUUUGUUUUUUUUUUUCUAAAUUCUUUUCCUGUAAAUCUUCUAGCUGUAUGUAAUGCGCUUUCGGCUUUUGGAA